AUGGGAUACUGCAAUGAUAAAAAGAAAAAUUGCUUACUUGUUUACGACUACACCCACAUUCUUAAGCUAAAUUUUAGUCACUUCUUAUUCGGAGAUGCUACCAAACCACUUUCAUGGAUAACACGUCUUAGGAUAAUGAUAGGAGUAGCUCGUGGACUCGCUUAUCUACACUCGUCAAAGGAGCAAGUUAUACACGGUGGUAUUAAAACCUUUAAUAUAUUGCUGGAUAAGAAUUUUAAUGCAAAGCUGGGGCAUUUUGGUUUGGCUAAAGGUCGGCCUAAAUUCCAUGAAUCAGAUACGAGUACACGUGACAUGGAUACCUUACGUUAUUUCGACCAAGAGGAUCGACUUAAUGGUCACUUUACAAUUACGGGUGACAUUUAUAGUUUCGGAGUGGUGUUGUUGGAAACCCUGACAGGCCAGCGGGCAUGGGAACCACAGUCGCUCUUUUCUACAUUCACUUUAGUAGAAUGGGCAAGUCCAUUUCUAGCAGACAAACAGAAGCUAAAAGAUAUAAUAGAUCCACAUCUUAAAAAUAAUUAUCCUCUAGAUGGUGCUUUCCAUUGUCUUGCACUAGCAACGAGAUGUGUGGCAAAGGAUCAUAAGGCUAGGCCUUCAACCAGUUUGAGUCUCUCACUCAGUCAAAGUCAACAUAUCUGCCUCUUUUCUUGUUUAAGAGCACCAUGGCAGAAAUGGGAUGUUCAUUAUGAUUACUUUGUGCUAUCUGUUUCAAACUCAUCGUCAUCUUCAUCUUUAUCAUCGUCUUCAUCAACAUCUUCGACUGUAACUUCAUCUUCAUGA